AUUUUAGACCGUCAGCUGACCUGAAAAUCUCUGGAUAGGGGGCCCGCGGCUCAGCCCUUCCUUCAAAAACCCCGGGGGCGGCGGCGAGGGCUGGGCGUCGCGGCGUCGCCGGCUGCAGCAGCGGGAGCCCCGGCCUGCCCCGCGUCCCCGCAUCCCCGCGUCGCCGCAUCGCCGCGCCAUGGGGCCCCGCGGCCUCCUGCUGCCGCCGCUGCUGCUGCUCUGCGUGGCGGGGCCCGCUGCCGCCGCCGCCGGCGGGCUCAUCAGGAUCCCGCUGACCAAGUUCCCCUCCAUGCGGCGGGUGCUCAGCGAGGUGGGCAGCGACAUCCCCGACCUCAACGCCAUGACCCAGUUUCUGAAGUACAAGCUGGGCUUCGCCGAGGCGGCGGGGCCCACGCCAGAGAUCCUGAAAAACUACAUGGACGCGCAGUAUUAUGGUGAGAUUGGCAUUGGGACCCCACCACAGAAGUUCACAGUGGUCUUUGACACCGGCUCCUCCAACCUGUGGGUGCCGUCUGUGCACUGUCACCUGCUGGACAUCGCCUGCUUGUUGCACCACAAGUACGACGCCUCCAAGUCCAGCACCUACGUGAAGAACGGCACUGAAUUCGCCAUCCACUAUGGAACUGGGAGCCUCUCUGGGUACCUGAGCCAAGACACUGUGACGCUGGGUGACUUGAAAAUCAAGGACCAGAUGUUUGGGGAGGCUGUGAAGCAGCCAGGCAUCACUUUCAUUGCUGCCAAGUUCGAUGGCAUCCUGGGCAUGGCGUUCCCAAAGAUCUCCGUAGACAAGGUCACCCCUUUCUUCGAUAAUGUCAUGCAGCAGAAGCUGAUUCAGAAAAACAUCUUCUCCUUCUACCUGAACAGGGACCCCACAGCUCAGCCUGGUGGGGAGCUGCUCCUGGGAGGUACUGACCCCAAGUACUACAGCGGUGACUUCAGCUGGGUGAAUGUUACACGCAAAGCCUACUGGCAGGUCCACAUGGAUGCAGUGGACGUUGCCAACGGGCUGACCCUAUGCAAAGGGGGCUGCGAGGCCAUUGUGGAUACAGGCACCUCGCUCAUCACUGGCCCCACAAAGGAGGUGAAGGAGCUGCAGAAGGCCAUCGGCGCUAAACCUCUCAUCAAAGGCCAGUACGUGAUCUCCUGUGACAAGGUAUCCUCUCUGCCUGUGGUCACGCUCACGUUAGGAGGGAAGCCCUACCAGCUUACUGGUGAGCAGUAUGUCUUCAAGGUGUCUGCACAGGGGGAGACCAUCUGCCUGAGUGGGUUUUCAGGCCUGGAUGUCCCACCCCCUGGGGGCCCACUCUGGAUCCUGGGUGAUGUCUUCAUUGGUCCCUACUACACCGUCUUUGACCGUGAUAACAACUCUGUUGGCUUUGCCAAAUGCGUCUAAGCGCCUGACCCCCACUGCCUCUGCCACACACACACACACUUACACACACACAGGAGCUGUAGAGAAUGAUUACCAGGAUACCAGGAUUAGAAACCCAAUGAGAAAGAAAAGAAGAAAUGGAGCUAGACUUAAAUUUACAAGGAAAAUAAUCAUUGUUAGUGCCCUGCUAGCUAAGCUACUUUUUCCCCUCUGUUGAGUAAGUGGUUCUGGGACAGCUCUAGUUAACCGCUAGAGUAGCUCCUUGCUUUACUAUUAGAUCUUCCAGUAUUUGAUUUAAUAUUGAUUCUCAAAGCUGAGCAAUGCCCUCUCAUGUCUCCCUGCACUGGUCUCAUUACUGGAGAGGCGGCUUGCUGGAGCCAUCCAGCAAUGCCACUAUUCCUACAGAGAAGCUGUGCGGGUGCUCUUGGGUUUGGGCUUCUGCGCUGAGGGAGAGGGAAGGGAAAGACUAUCCUGCUCGUUUUUUAUUUCUUCCUCUUUUUCACUGAUGAAGUGGGAGAAUGGGAGAGGUAGAGAGUUCACCUUGAUCACUCCUCUGAGACUGGUGAGACAGCAAUCGAUAAAUCACUUUUCAAUGAAUUUCUGCUAGCUUAGUCCUGGGAGAGUGCUUCCCAGGCUGGAGCUGAGGGGGAUCUUGUAGCAUGCACAAGGGAAGUUUUAAAAUCCAAGGGCUCUGGUUGUGUGUUUUUGUAUUGUGGCAACACUAGUGAGAGCUUGAGGCGUGAUCUAGCCAUGCCUGGUCUGAGUCUCUCACAGACCUAUCAGGACAGGGAUUCAUUAGGGGGCUCCAGCCAGUAGGACUGUUCGUGGAGUAAGAAUACAAAGGGGGUUACAGUAGCAUUUAAUAGAAGUUGCUUGAUUCACGUCCAUAAAGCCCCAGCUUUAAGCUUAGGGCUAAGCAAACCAAUUUGAGCAGACAGAGUUGAUAUAAAUGCUCUUGAGUUUGGCAAACUCCUCCCAGUUUUCCCAAACCUCAGAACUUUCUAAUCUGAUCUGGAGCUAGUGAGUUGAGCAUAAUGUUUUCCAAAGAAACUAAGUGGUCUGCAAGCCUAUAUCACAUUGAUUAAAUCAAUGAUAUCUAGCUGUUUGUAAGUCACAUAAUUGCUUUUGGAAACAUUAUUCAUAGUGUUUUGAAUUACUCAAAACUCAAGAAGUAGCUGACAGAACCGAGUCAGCAAGUCUUCCAGGCAGGAGGGUACCAUAGAGGCUUCUGGAUUUUCAUUUGCUCUCCUUUCACCGCUUCCCAGUCCUGAAACAAAACUCACCUUCAGUACCCUCCUUACAUUGUACUAUAGUUUCUAUAUUAUUAACAUUGGUUAGAGCUCUGUUCAUUUGCAUCAUUUGUUACAGAAGGAGAGAGGCACAUUCCCUGCUUUGGAGAGUUUGUAGCUGAAGGAUUUAGCUGUGCUUACAGAUUCACAUUUUGCUCCUGGAGAGCCAAGACCCGUGUGUAUAGAGCCAUCCACUUCACUGGGCUGGAAUCAGUAGAUGUACGCUGGGGGAGCAAGAAAAAGCAGUAACUGGAAGGAGGAUAAAGUGAGUUUUAAGCAACGCUGGAAAGCAGAAGAGAGUGUUUUCCAAGGGUCUCUGUAGAGAUUCCUGUUGAUUUCCAACACUUUGGAUCGGGUUCCAGGGUUAGGGAAUGGCAGCCCAUGAGCAACAAAGCUGCAGGUAGCAAGAGAACCAGAUCAUUAUCCACCAUGACCCCAGACGGAGCAAAAAAGCUGCUAAAAUCCUUGCUCCCCAAAAUUUAGUGUGAAUACUGCCGGCGGUUUUAGUGAAGUCAAUAAAGUUUCUGGAAAAGGUGUUUGGGGCAGUGAGUGAAUAGAUGGUUAUUCACAGUAAAGUACAUAUGUCAUCCCCAACACGAAAUCCACCAUGAGCGUUAGGGGCAUUGCAUGAAAGAUGUUUCCAGGUGAGCUGUGAGAGGACAGCUAAGGACAGCAAGCAGAUAGUCUGCAAAUGUCCCCUUUUCCCAUCCUCUGCAACUCAUCAGUUUGACGUUAUUAUCAUUACUCAUCCCUUGGAGGGGUCUGGCUUGGCCAGUAGGGAUGGGCCUGAACACAUUUCUAAUCUGUGCAUUCUCCCAUGCAACCCCAGGCAUGAUAAAUUUGCUGCUCCCAAAGCCACCUUCUGCCUGUUCGUAGUCUUCACCUGGAAUCUUGGAUUUGGGAGCCUAAAGGCGUGUGUUGCAGACUGGGAAUCUGGCUAGAGAACAGUAGCACAUUACCAAAACAAUCAAACACAGAUGCUCAGCACCUCUCCAGAGAACCCAGUUUUCAAAUUGAUUAAAUGCCCAGAGCUCUUCAAAGUUCUGCUAAAUCCUCCCACAGCUGCAGGUUUUAUCCAGCGUAGUGACUGAGAGAGAGACAUUUUUCUGGUACCUGUUAAUCAGACUUGAUGUGGGGGACGGCCAGAUGUGGAUUUGACUGUGGGCUUUGAAUGUGUUCUGCAUCAGAUUUAACCCCUGGCAGGAAGUACAAUGUAGCCUAAGAACAAAGCCAUCCUACAGCAGUUCUGCUGAAUGUACAAUGCCUUAUGCUGUACAUGUUGUAGCCUCUUUGCGGUAACCUAAUGCUGGGCUGAUUUCUGUCCUCAGGCAGGCAGGACACUUCUAUCUGAGGAAAGAGUAUGGCCCCAAAUGAUGCCCUAAAUGACAUAUCUUAGGAUAUGGAGCAGUUUAUUUGAUGUAACCACAUUUGUGACUUCACUGAAUUGGUCUCCUCCCCUUGUUGUUUUAUUUGCAUUUUUAAACCAAACUCUAACUGUGUGAUUUUUUUUUAAUCUAAUUUGCUGUCAGAAUUACUGUCUCAUUAUAGAAAAUUGAAAAGAAAAUACAGUAUUUUCCCCCUUG